GGUGCCUUGCGGGAGGAAGGGGCGGGACAAGGAGAGGGAGGCCACUAUGUCGGGCCCGGGGCUCGAGGCAGCCAAGGGAGCGGGGUCCCGGGCCCCCAGACGGCGGCUGGUCCUCAAUGCCGAGGAGUCUGAACUGUUUGAGUUGGCGCAGGCCGCAGGGACAGGCCUCGACCCGGAAGUAUUCAAGAUCCUACUGGACCUUCUACGCAUGAAUGUGGCACCCUUGGCCAUCUUCCAGAUGCUUCGUGCCAUGUGUGUUGGACAGAGACUAAACAUUGAGGCCACCUCUGAGUCGGCACGAGAGCCCCCAAUUGUCUCUGCCAAGACCAGUAAAAUCCCUGCACCACUCUCAUUUUCCUCUGCCCUUCGACCUCCACGAAUAAGAGUCUCUAAGGCUGUGGUCUACAGUCCUGCUGCAGCUUGCUCGCCUCUCUCUCAAGGUCCCCCUGGCUCUUUCCAGUUUUCUUGCUGCCUGUUCUCUCCUUUUGCAGGUAGAACCAGAACAAUUUCUGCAACAACUGGAAGCCAAGGUCUGUCAGACCAUAGUAACCGAGAAGGAUCUAGUCAACGAGUUCCUCGGCAACCAAGUACCAGCAGGCAACAGAAGGCUGGAAGCUCUGGGAAAAGUGCAUAGCUGGUUCCAGCACUGCAGUAAAACUGCAAUGUAGUCAAGAAUUAAUAGUAAUUUUGUAAAAUGCCACCAAUAGGUUAUAUCAAGAAAAGAAGUACCAGGAAUUAAAUGGAGGUUGGUUAUUAUAUGACAUGCUGAUUAAUAAAAAUUCAAACCAA